UCCGGCGCCGCCCGCUGGCCGCAGCCGCCUCCAGCAGCUCGCGGUCGCGGCGGCACCCCGCCGCUUCAGCCCGGUGAGAUGGCGGCCCUAGCAACGGCGGCGGCCCCCGCUCAGCGGGUGGACGCCUGUGCGUGGAAGUCGGAGGCAGCGCCGAGACAUUGGGCCCCCGUGCCGGCUCUGAGGGACUCGGACAACCCGGCGGCAUUCUUCCAGGAGAUGCGGAGGCUGAGGCUCCAAAUAGCCAGUUUAGAAAAGGAUAAGAAUACUUAUCUUUUCAGUAAAAAGAAUGAGAGAGCAGAAUAUAGCACUUUUGAAGAGCUGGAUCUGAAGAUGGCAAAUAACAGGAAAACAGAACAGAUGAAAAUUCAACAGCAACUUGCAAAAAUACAUCAUAAUGUGAAGAGAUUCCAGGGACAGCUAAAAGACGUCAAACCUACUCCAGAAUUUAUAGAAAAAUUAAGGGAGAUAAUGGAAGAAGUUGAAGAUUCAAUUAAUGUCUUCAAAGAAGCUCAACGACAGAUAUAUGAAAACCUUUUGAAAGAAGAAAAAGUUGCUACUCAAGAAGUUUUAGCUGUGGAGAAGAAAAUAGAAAUAUGGGCCCGUAAUCCGACUGUGAUUUCUAAGACUGCCUUAGCAAAGGGAUCAUCAAUUAAACCAGGCAAUGUGCUGGUGGAAGUUGCAGACUUUGAAAAGUUCCUUCAGCAGACUGGACACCAAGGUGGCUGGGAUGAUUUUGAUCAUAAGAACUUUCUCAAGGUAUGGACAAAACACAAAGGGAAGCCUUCUUUUAUUGAAGAGGCUCUACAGUAUUUGGUUGGAAGGACUCGAGAGGAUAUAAUUCAGCAUGAACAAUGGUAUCAAGAGUUUCUCUUUCUUGAAAAAAGGCGGAAAGAGGCUAUUCAGAGGUGGAAAACAGAGAAGCAACAAGAAAAAGAAAAGCUGAUGAGGUUGCAGGCACAGAAUGGAGCUGAGUUAGAUGCAGAGCAACAGGCAAAAGAAGAGGCUAAACGACUCAGGGCUGAGAAGGAGAGAAGAGAAAGAGCUAUCAAGCUCCAGUUGUGGAAGAAAGAAAAGGAAUUGGAGUUUGCUCAAGAGAAAGAAAAACAAAUGAAGGAAGAAACAGAGAAAAUAAAAAGGGAAAAAAAGGAAAGUUUAAGGCGGCUCAAAGUGAAAAAAGUUCUUGAAGAUUAUGCUAAGCAAAAGAAGGAGGAGGAGGAGUUUCAGCAGCUGGAAACCCAAAUGAGGGAGCAAGCUGAAAAAGAAGAAAAACAAUGGCUUGUGGCAAAAGAAAUUUCCAGGUUUCAAGAGAGAGAUUUUAACAAAUUGGAGUUCAAAUUAUUGGAGAAGCGAAUGCAGAAGGAGAUGGAGGAUGAGCGAGAAAAGAGAUUUUCCAAGCUUAAAGAGAAGGUCGAAGCUCAAAUACAACGUGAUCCAUCUAGACUAUUCAAACUGACCAAAGGUUGGGAGGAACACACAAAAAAUAUCGGGAAACGUGAUGGUGGGCCUGUGCUGUAUCUCCCUCACAGGGCUGUUCCUAGUUGGCGGAAGGGGAUAUAACAGUGUUGGAAUUGGACUGUUUAGUAGUAAUUGUAUGUUAUCUAUAUUAUUUAAUAAAUUGAUAAAUAAUUGAAGACAAUUAGUUAAUGAUUAGGUGGAAGAUGGAAAGGAGGCGAGGUACAUUUAAAAAAAAAUCAAGAUGUAUGUUUAAGAUGAACUGGUGAAUCUCAACAAAUUCUGGCUGGUGCCCAAUUAAACAAAGGAAGCAAUUAAACUUUGUUGAUCACUUUUUUGGUAGACAAUCAUUGCAAACACUAGCAUGUAACUUCCCUUUGGACUUGGAGGCAAUUUAAUGUGGCAGAACCGAAGUGAGGCAGCAUGUCUGUUGCUGAGAGCAAGGAAGACACGAGAUUCAAUGGAUUUAAGCACCGAGCUGAAUCGGAAAGGUCAGGUACAUCCCACCCUGCAAAAACUCAUUUCAGGGAGGUCGCACCCCCCCCCACCCCCGGUCGACCUCCAAGAGUGUACGUAACAGUUUGUUUAGUGAUUUUUGUCUAAUCUGUAAACCAAGUUGGGUAUAUGCAGAAAAUGUGACAUUAAAAUAUGUACUUUUAUUAUUAUGUUUAUUCUAUUACAACUUUAAGCAUGGUGAAGAGUUUGGCCUCAUCACGUAGGACAUCAAUAGCAUAGCUCCUUAGCAGCCAGCCAGCUAGGUUAAAUAACGUUAGCUAUACUAAUGAAUGAAUGACACCUGUUAAACUCACCUCAACAUGUCUUUUACAUUUUAACCCACCAUGGGCAACAGAAAUAUCAACUGUUGCAAACAGUGCAGUGAGCAACACUGUCAUUAUUUUUGAGGUCGACUGUAAACUGAUAGGUCUACUUAGCAGGGGUCCCCAACCUUUUUUGCACCGUGGACUGGUUUAAUAUUGACAAUA